AUGCAUCACGUGGAGAUCGAGGACUUUUAUCACCACGAUUUCACCACCGUCUCCGAAUGGGAAGUGUUCAUUGCGCGACUCGAGGAGAUUAUGCACGAAUGGAAGCUGCCGCAUACGAAGGUUAGAAGUCCUCUCAAACCAGGAGAUUUCGUCAACUGUCAGUGGCACGAAGCCUCGGAGAAGCUGAACUUCGCAGAUGUAGAAUUUUUGCUGAAACACUACAAGUUAGAGAAGGAAGAUGAAGAGGAGGAUGCGGCGAAGGAGGAAAGUGAAGAAGAAGGGUUACAGUGUCAAAAGGAUGCUUUGGACAUAUCCAAUGAUUUUGUAAAGCUUGAUGAUAAUUGCAUGGAAAUAGCUCGUUAUUAUGGUGUAAGAGAAUUCCUUGUUUUAUUACCAGCUCGGAAAGCAAAUUUAACGGAUGAGACUCGAAUCAAGAUUGUACUCAGUUCACUAACAAUUGCAACUAACAAUGCAAAUUGUUACAUACCAGCAUUGGUGCAGGUACAGGAACCUUGGCAGAAAAUGUAUCUUGGAUGCUGUGCUGGUAAAGGGACCUGUGUAAAUCUCGACAUGGUACAUUUAAAGAAGGUUCCACCACAUUGUAGAUAUCUCACCGGUUUACUUGCUCUUUUUAAGCAGAAAAUUGGGGAGGGUGUCGGAGUAAAGCUCGACUCCGUAAUGGUGUCUGCUAGAUUUUCUUAUCUAUUGAAAGAUUGGACUAAUAGCAUUUGGACACAAGAACCUCCGGAUUUCGAUUUCAUGCAGGGAGAAACAUUAGGUGUGGCCGAAUUGGGUAAACUUCCCUUUGGAGCGACUUUCGAUCCCGUUGGGGAACUUCAUUUAUUCGUCACAUGGCCGCAAAUGUCAGAUAAUGUAGUAGUGGAUAGCGAAGGAUAUUCGGAUCUUGAACCGCAACUCGCUCCCGAAUGGUCAGUGCAAGUGAAAAUGGUAGCUCUGCCAGCCUGUCUACUCGGCGAGUACAUGACUGACUUUCUGCAUUUGUGCAACAAUCAGAAGACCAUGGUGGAACUAUUGGGUGAGAACGCGUCUUACAUUCACGAUGACGAACAUAUGCUGAGUUCGGCCUUCAAUGUGCUGACCGAGUCCAGAAUACCCACGAUUUCGACCGUUGUUGGCAGAGUAAGCGUGAAAAAAAAUAAGAACAUUGAGGGUCCAAUUUCGGAAGAAAUAUUGCUACCUAUACUUUACUUUCUUUUCCCGGAUGCAGAUGAAAACUCGAAAUUUCCCUACAACGAUAUCACUACGGGCGUGGAAGAUGACCAGUGGAAGGGCGUGAAGACGUGCACAAUGGACAGUUUAGUGUGGCGUUUGUCGAUUGUCGCGGCGCACUGUACACACAAUCUUGGCGGUGCAACCGCUUUGGCCCAGCUCUGGCACGAAUUUGUACAGGAAAUCAGAUUCCGCUGGGAGAAGAAUGUCCUGAUACCUGGAGUCGGCCCUGGCUUUCCAGAUUCAGUUCGCACGUGUUUGCUGCAUCAAAAGUUACAGAUGAUGAACUGCUGUAUAACAAGGAAAAAGGCUAGAGAGGAGAAUGCGCAUAGGUCUCAGAGCAUGGAAAUCGACGAUGGAGUACUGGAAACAGAGUCCGAAGAUGAGGAAUUCUUCGAGUGCACGAGCGAGGAGCUAGCGAAUGAGGAGGUUUUGUCAACGAAGCCGCAAUUGAAAGCGAAGCACCUGCUGUGGAACAAACCCGCGGGAAGAUUGGCCAAGCACCCUUCGCUCAGGCUGAUUCAAUCUGGAGACCCUCUUUAUCUACCAAUCACGCAGGAUCCCGUACCGAAGACGGAGGACCAGUUGGAAGAGGAUGCGCAGGUGAUGAUGCAACUCGGUACGGACAAAUACGCCUCAGAGAUGCGAGCUCGAAUGAUGAGCGCGUCCUUGUUAUCGGACAUGGAGUCCUUCAAGGCGGCAAAUCCUGGCGCGGUGUUGGAGGACUUCAUUCGAUGGUAUUCCCCGAGGGAUUGGAUCGACGACGAAGGUGUCGACGAAUGGGGUCAAGGAAAAGGUCAUUUAUCGCCGCGGAUGAUGAUACCUGAUAAUCCGUGGUCAACGACAUGGACAUCGGCGCAGCCAGUUUCCGCACACCGGCAGAAGCGACUAUUCGAUGACACGCGAGAGGCGGAAAAGGUUCUACAUUAUCUGUGUUCAAAGCGGAUAGGCCAGGUUGCGCAGCUCCUGUUGCCGACUCUGACGCACGCUGCACUAUUUACCCUGAGCUCGCAGAAGCAGGAAGCUCUAUCGAGCCUGUCCGAAGUAGCACAGAGUAUACUCAAUAGAUUGCAAUACGCGACGAAACCAAUUCAUCAAAAGCUACAAUUGUAUGAGGAAAUCACGCGCGACAUUGAGAGCGUGGAAGCGUUGGUUGCGCAAGUAAAUUCGUUGCAGCACAAGCUAGGCGGUAACAACGACUCAAAAGAAUUCACAUCCUUCUUGAUUCAAUUAAUGCGGGGGAAGGAGGUGAGUGUGCCUGGCGGUUCCAGAGGAGACAUUGGAGCUCGAAUAAUAACGAUGUUCCGCGAUGCUCAAAAGGCCGCUUAUAUGAUGACGUCCGUUAAUAACGCCAACAAAAAUACUACAAAUGUAGAUGAUAGUCGAUACAAAAUGUUCCCCGAACCGUCUUGUAAGGAAUUCAUUUUGCGGGCAAUAAUGCCACGACCUUCGCCAGCUUCCACGCCGCAGCCGCAGCGGAUGUACGUCUGCCUUAAACGAGAUCACAUUCGUUUAGCUGGAUUCUUCUCCGAAGAUACGACAUUCUUAUAAUGUCGGCGUCGUCAUCGUAGGAUUUAAAUAAUUUUAUAAAAAA